UGCAUUACUCCGGAGCGCCGCCUACCCCGACUACUACUACGUCAAGCUCACUGGCAUCCAGGUCGACGGCGAGGACCUUGGCGGUAUCCCCAAAGGAGCGUUCGACCUCGCAGCCGGCGGCGGCUCCGGCGGGGUGGUGAUGAGCACGCUCAUCGCCGUAACGUACCUCCAGUCGGCCGCGUACGCCGCCGUGAAGCGGGCGAUAGUGGGAAAAAUUAAGUCGCCGGCUGUGGACGGCUCGGCAUUCGGCGACGGCGGCUUCGACCUGUGCUACGACGCGCAAUCCGUGGCGGGGCUGACAUUCCCGAAGCUGACGCUGGUGUUCGGCGGUCCGGAUGCACCGGCUAUGGAGCUAACGACGGUCCACUACUUCUACAAGGACAACGCCACUGGGCUGCAAUGCCUCACCUUGCUGCCAAUGCCGACGGGCCUGCCGUUCAGUUCGCUCCUUGGCACUCUGUUGCAGACGGGGACGAACAUGAUCUACGACGUCGACGGCGGCCAGCUGACGUUCGAAAAGGCGGCAGCUCCGCCAGCGGGCAUGCAGCUCAUGGUGGUAGCAUACCCUCUCCUCGCGUGGGUGUUCCUGCUGCUCUAAUUAAGAUCAGAUUGCAGCCUCUCAUAAGGAAAACUCGGGAGUUCUGGAGUAUAUGUAUCUUCCAUAUAUGUUUUGUUUCAGUUUUCCUU